GAACUGCCUUAUCAAAAACAAAAUUUUGAUAUUUUUUGUCAUUUCUUUCUGUCAUAUUUUCAAAUCAAUAUAUGUACGAAUUUUUCGUUAAAAUGCGGCUAUAUUUAGGUUAUUACGCAUAUUUAGGGCUAACGUCGUGAUUUACACACAGGCAGUCAAUUCGGACGCCAAAGGGACCCCCGCGGACGAAGAGCGGACAUUUCAAAUUUUCAAAACAAACCCGAGGUUGUUGUUUCUGACAUGAGAGCGGUGGCUUCGAGCUGAAGGCUGCGUUCGAGACGAGUUUACACGAUGGACGCGGACGAGAAACCCGUUUCCGCCAGCAAGAGGAAAACGGUGGAGUUUCCCAAAGCGCCUUCCAUCGAGGACUUCGUGGUUCUGAAGCCCAUCAGCCGAGGAGCCUUCGGGAAAGUCUACCUCGCACGGAAGAAGAGCAACGCGCGGCUAUACGCCAUUAAGGCAAUGAAGAAAGCGGACAUGGUGGAUAAGAACAUGACGGGGCAGAUGAAGGCGGAGAGAGACGCGCUGGCUCUGAGCAAGAGUCCCUUCAUUGUCCACCUGUUUUAUUCCCUUCAGACGUCCACCAAGAUCUAUCUGGUGAUGGAAUACCUCAUCGGUGGAGAUGUCAAAUCUCUGCUUCACAUCUACGGAUAUUUCGACCUGGACAUGGCUGUUAAAUACAUUUCAGAGGUUGCUCUGGCUUUAGAUUACCUUCAUCGUCAUGGUAUUAUCCACAGGGACUUGAAGCCAGACAAUAUGCUCAUAUCCAAUGAAGGUCACAUCAAACUUACAGACUUUGGACUUUCUAAAGUCAAGCUCGACAGAGAGUUGAGUCUUAUGGACAUCCUAACCACCCCGUCCUUGGCUAAACCAAAUAAAGAUUAUUUCCGCACGCCGGGUCAAGUCCUGUCCUUGAUCAGCUCCCUUGGAUUUAAUACACCGACAGGGGAAAUAAAGCGUCACUGCAGCGCAUCUGCUGCUUCCAGUCCCGUUUCUUGUGGCAGAAUAAGACACAAGAAUAACUCUCUUGGUUCUCCCUUGAUGAAGAAGAAAGAUCAGAUGUUCUCCUCUUCUCAGUACCCUUGGAAAAAGGGACCUAACCACAGUGUGUUUAGUCCUCACAAUCUGGCAAAAAAGCUGUCUCCCACACUCGUGAUGACCAGAAAAAGGUUUGAGACGAUGAGUGCAGGCAGCACCACCGACACUGAAGGAGGCAUCAGUCCACUGUGGGAGUCCGAAGAGAAAGAAAAUGAACCCACCAGGAGAGGAACUAAACAGGACCUUGCACCCACAAAACUGAGAGCCCUCCUGCUCUCUGCUCAGGCCAGCAGCAAUCUACCCAAAAAGUCAAAUCCGGACCAACUUGACGAAAAAAUGCCUCAUAGCAACAAACUGAAGUCUGGCUUUGGUUCCAUGGUUCAGGAGGAUAUUUGUCUUUCGGCGACAGGUGACAGUCAAACUGUGGUUCCCUCGUCUGUGAAGAGAACAUAUUCAGAAAUAGAGAGGAGUCCGGAGCCAUUAGAAAUCCAAACCAAGAAGAGUAACACAGACUACAGAAGAUGCUAUGAGAUUCCAGAAGAGACCACAAGGUUUCACAGUGGCCUGACGGGAGCAUUUUCCACCUUUCAGAUCGGCGGCUUCAUGGCCUCCACAGAGGGGAUUGACUUAUCUGACGAGCGAGGCCCGAAGCGCUCAAGUCCCAUAGCUGUGACCAAAACCCUGUUCUGUGAACUGGAAGAGCCGGCAGAGGACGUGUUUGAAGAUGGAGCCAAAGACUUGUCUCAUUCAAGCUUCACAUCACCACUUGAUAGAAACAGUGACAUUUGCAGGAGCCUGAGUCUAGACUCUGACGGGUCAAUGCACGAAACCUCACUCACAAUGGAGAGCCAUUCAUCUCUCAAACUGAGCAAGUUCUCCAAAAUCGGGAACUCAAUAUUAUUUGAGAGUCAAGAGGAAAACCCGGACUCAUUUCUCACUGAGUCACUUCCACACACUCCCUCUGCUGUGAGCACACUGAGUCAUUUUAACCACCUCCCGGAUCUCACUGGCCGUGCGGCGCAGUCUCCCUCGUUCCUCAAGCCUCGGAACGUUGUGGUUUUUCGUAGUUACUGCAGCACCAUUAACCGCUCCAACAUGUCGGGGGUCUCCAGACUCAGUGUUGGGUCUGUGGAGGCCAUGGACUUUUCUGCAUCAGCCUCUUAUCACUCGGCGUGUGGCACCGCAACACCAGUGCAGAACAGAGUCAGCUCCAACAGCUCUCUCUGUCAGACGCCUCAGGCCAUGUCCACCUCCCACACCCCCUUCAGGACACCGAAGAGCGUCCGCAGGGGCGCUCUGCCUGUGGAGGGCGCUCCCAUCUUAGGGACCCCCGACUAUCUGGCUCCAGAGCUUCUUCUGGGGAAACCACACGUUUCAGGAAGUGGUCAGUUCGACUUCAUGGUGGACUGGUGGGCGCUGGGCGUUUGCCUUUUCGAGUUCCUCACGGGGAUCCCGCCCUUUAACGACGAGACGCCACAGCUGGUCUUCCAGAAUAUUCUCAACAGAGACAUCCCGUGGCCUGAGGACGAAGAGGAACUGUCUGAAAAUUCAAGAACUGCCAUUGAAAUACUUCUGACUAUGGACAUGACCAAACGAGCUGGUCUGAAGGAACUCAAGCGCCACCCCCUGUUUGACGGCCUGGACUGGGUCAACCUGCAGAACCUGCCCAUGCCUUUCAUUCCUCAGCCCACGGACGAGACCGACACCUCGUACUUUGACGCAAGAAACAACGCUCAGAACAUCGCAGUGUCUGGCUUCAGUUUAUAAAAGCAGACGUCCACGGGCUUUCAUCUGCUGGGGAAGUUUGAAUUGAGUGUGUGGAAAAUCAGAGCCGUCAUGCAAAUAAAUCCAAUGUUAAGGCGGAUACAGCAAUACUUUUAAAAACAUUUUAAAUCGCUGCAUCACUGCAACACUAAGACACUAACAAUCAAAUACAAGCUGAAUCUAAAGUGUUCAUCAUUACAUACAGUAGCUCUUGAACUAGGUUCUUCUUUUAGCAAAAUGCAGUUUGCUUCUGCUUUGGCUCACGGCAGGCUUUGAUUUCUGAGUUUGUUAAAGUUAAUUAAACACAACUAACUAUUUAUGUAAAUUAAUGUAAAUGUGGCACUUCCUGCCUGGAGGUAAAUGUAAGUUUCGGUUCAGAUACAUUUAAUUGUUGUUGUUCUGUUCGUCUGUUAGUGGGCGGGUCCUGGGUGGGCGGGGCCCGCUGUAUUUUGCUUAGUACUGCUGAGAUAAACAUCCUAAUAUAUUCAUUAAUACUGUAUUUUAUUUGUAAAUCUUGUGAAUAGCAUCUAGUGUUGUUUAAGACAGGAUCCCAACAGCUUUUAUGUCAUCUGUAAUGUUGAUGUGAUGUCAUUCUUCAUUGUCCAUUUGUCACAUGACUGUUUUUGUUUUUUGUUUUAAUAAGUUCAUUAGGACAUUUUAUCAUGUUCGCCUUAAGAAAAAAGGAAAAUACAAAUAAAAUGUUUGUAACA